UUAAGGAGGGGAUCGGCUCUCAAUCAGAGUUUCAGACUCCCAGAAACGUCGUCAAAUAGCCCUGGUGCUAACAUGCUAAUCCGAAAAACAUUCGCCAGGGCAAAAACUGGACACAAAAAUUACAAAUAGGAAAGAGAACGAGAGAAGACACGCCGUCGAGGACGAUGAGAAACUAACUUUAUUUUUUAAAACUUUUUUUUUUUUUUUUUAAAGAAACACAUCCUCAUUGUCCGUCUCGGCUCGUAGAAGAAGUGCUAUCGGCCAGCCGAGCUGCUAGCAACUUUGAAAAGUUUCCGGAGCUAGCCGCAGAGCUAGCCGCAGAACUUAGCGGAGUUAGCCGCGGGGCUAGCCGCGGAGCUAGCCGCGGAGCUGGGCGGAGCUAGGUGGAGUUAUCCGCGGAGCUAGCCGCGGAGCUAGGCGGAGCUAGCCGCAAGGAUAGUCCGGGAAUUAGACGAUCCAUGACGGGGGAGGGUGUGAAACACUCCCCGGUCCUGUCCGCCCUGUUCAGGAUGUCGACGGACUCCGAGCUCCAGGGAAGCGCAGAGUUUAUCAAAGAGCGCCUGUACUUCGCCACGCUGCGCAGUAAACCCAAAAGCACCCCCAACACUCACUACUUCUGCACCGACGACGAGUUCCUCUAUGAAAACUUCUACGCAGACUUCGGGCCUCUGAAUCUGGCCAUGUUGUACCGAUACUGCUGCAAGCUGAACAAGAAGCUGAAGUCGUUUACUCUGACCAGUAAGAGGAUCGUUCAUUACACCAGCUUCGACCAGAGGAAGAGGUCCAACGCCGCCGUGCUGAUCGGAGGCUACGCCGUGAUCUACCUGAAGAAGACGCCUGAAGAAGCCUAUAAAGCUCUGAUCUCUGGUUCCAACGCCUCCUACCUGCCCUUCAGAGACGCUUCCUUUGGGAAUAGCACCUACAACCUGACGGUGCUGGACUGUCUGAAGGGAAUCAGGAAGGCCCUGCAACAUGGCUUCUUUGACUUUGAGUCUUUCGACGUAUACGAGUACGAACACUACGAGCGGGUGGAGAACGGGGACCUGAACUGGAUCGUCCCGGGGAAGUUCUUGGCCUUCAGUGGACCUCAGCCCAAAACUAUCGUGGAGAACGGUUACCUCCUUCAGACCCCGGAGUCGUACUUCCCGUACUUCAGGAAACACAACGUGACGGCGAUCGUCCGCCUGAACAAGAAGAUCUACGACGCCAAGCGCUUCACGGACGCCGGCUUCCAGCACCACGACCUGUUCUUCGUGGACGGCAGCACGCCGAGCGACGUCAUCACGCAGCGCUUCCUGCAGAUCUGCGAGGGCACGGACGGCGCCGUGGCCGUCCACUGCAAAGCGGGUCUGGGCCGGACCGGGACCCUGAUCGGCUGCUAUCUGAUGAAACAUUACCGCUUCACGGCGGGCGAGGCCAUCGCCUGGAUCCGGAUCUGCAGACCGGGCUCUGUGAUCGGGCCUCAGCAGAACUUCCUGGAAGAGAAGCAGGCGGCGCUGUGGGUGCAGGGCGAGGGCCAGCGUUCCCACAAGUCCAAGCUGGAGGAGAGGGCGGUGCCUCACCUCAUCACCAGCAUGGGCGACCUCACGUUAAGCCCCGCCUACAACAGGUCGCCCAACUCCGACCACCUGCAGGAGAGCGAGCUGAAAGACGUUGGUCCUGGUCUGACUCAGGGAGACAAACUGAGGGCUUUGAAGAGCCGCCGCCCCCCCCGGCCGGCCGCCGCCACAGGCCCCCACCCCAGACGGGACGUGAUGAACCUUCAGAGCAGAUCAGCGUCACAGCCGCUCAGAUUGUCCUUGGGGAGCAGCCAAGGCCACGUCGCCCCCAUCAAGUCCUCAAAGUUCCCAUCAUCCUCUACUUCUGCUGCCGCCAAGAGGAUCGGCCGGAGUCCGUCAUCGUCUGCAUCGAACUUCAGGAGCUCCGCCCUCAGCUCCCGAUUGGCCAGCUCGCUCAGCGACCUGUACGCCGCUGACAUGGAGGCCAGGAGCGCCGCCUACGCCUCCCUUCCUCCCCCUCCGUCCUCUGUAAGCACCGCCCCCUCCUCUAUUGCCCCGCCCCACUUGUCUCGCUAUGGCAACGGGCCUCGCGUCGUGCAGCACGAGGUCAACAACAACAACGGCGGCGGCGGCGGCCCCUACAGCGCCCCCUACAGGGGCGGAGGCCACUACAGCGCCAUGAAGGGACCCUCGGGACGCUACCUCAGCAGAUCCAUACCCUCUCUUCAGUCCGAGUACAUCCAGUACUAAAAGUACCGACUGGAGCUGAGGACACGUUACCCACAACCCCCUCCUGCUUACCCAGAAUCCCUCCCGUGGCCGGACGCUGAACGGGAAGCUAACGAGUUAGCGGGAGUUCAUCUUCACGUGGACCGAAGAGGCGGAGUUCUGUAUGUAAAUGAGCUGUAAAUGUAAAUAUGAUGUAAUCUACACGCGUGUUGGCUGAAGAUAUAUUUACACACGAGAGGAAAAGAAGUGAUUUUAUAUUUGUGACAGAA